UUGUCCUCGUUGAAUGUGUUUGGGACCCCGACAUGGAUGCAGGGGUCACAUGGUACCACAAAGCGCCGAAUGGGUUAAAAAAGAGGGGGUGUAGUUUAUGAGAGAGCAGUGGAGGAGAAAGAACAAGUUGUGGAUAAUUUGGAGAGGCUACGCGGGGGAAUCAAGGUUGAAGACAAGAAGGACAGCUUUGAGCGUUAAAGAGCUGAGAGGGCUCCUGGCCAGGUGUCUGCUGAGGCCUCACCAUGAGCUGGAGCUUCCUGACGCGUCUCCUGGAUGAGAUCUCCAACCACAGCACGUUCGUGGGGAAGAUCUGGCUGACUGUGCUCAUCAUCUUCCGCAUCGUGCUGACGGCCGUGGGGGGUGAGACUAUCUACUACGAUGAACAGGCUAAGUUUGUCUGCAACACGCAGCAGCCUGGGUGUGAGAACGUCUGCUACGAUGCGUUCGCUCCACUCUCUCACGUCCGCUUCUGGAUCUUCCAGGUGAUCCUGAUCACCACCCCUACCAUCAUGUACUUGGGCUUUGCCAUGCACAAGAUCGCCCGCAUGGAGGAUGUUGAGUAUCGGCCUCUUCAUCGCGCUGGGAAGAAGAGAAUGCCCAUCGUGAGCCGGGGGGCACAGCGGGACCACGAGGAGGCGGAGGACAACGGAGAGGAGGACCCCAUGAUCACUGAGGAGAUCGAGGUGGAGAAGGACAAAGAGAAAUCCACAGAAGGCUCGGUGAAGAAGCACGACGGUCGGCGGCGGAUCGCGCGCGACGGCCUGAUGAAGGUGUACGUGUGUUCGCUGAUCUCGCGCAUCGCCUUCGAGGUGGCCUUCCUGUUAGGCCAGUACGUCCUCUACGGCUUCGAGGUGGCGCCCUCCUACGUGUGCACGCGCUCUCCCUGCCCGCACACGGUGGACUGCUUCGUCUCGCGGCCCACCGAGAAGACCAUCUUCCUCCUGGUCAUGUACGUAGUCUCUCUCCUCUGCACCACCCUCACCCUCCUGGAGAUUUUCCAUCUGGGUUUCGGCGGGGUCCGCGACACCCUCCGCGGGCGCGCCAGACGCCACCCCGCCCCACCUCUCCCCCCCGUGGCCCGGGGGUCCCUCUGCAGUUCCCGCCAUGUGCCCACGGCCCCGCCAGGGUACCACGCUGCCCUGGGGAAGAAGGACCCGUCAGGCAAGCUGAAGGCAGAGUUCAGAGAGCCGCUGGCGGGGGACUCUGGGAGGGAGAGCCUGGGGGAUGAGGCGUCCAGCAGAGACCUGGAGAGACUGAGGAAGCACCUGAAGAUGGCCCAGCAGCACCUGGACCUGGCCUACCAUAACGAGGAGGGCCAGGGGUCCCUGUCACGGAGCAGCAGCCCAGAGAACAACACCACGGCCGCUGAGCAGAACAGACUCAACUUCGCUCAGGAGAAACAGGCGGCGGCCAGCGAGAAAGGAGUACAUGCCUGAAUCCUGCUUAAUGCCUGCCUGCUUUCUCUUCCCAACUGGCCCUCCACGGAUGGGGAAGCACAUGGGAACACAGCCAGACAACUGAGAGCGACUGAAGAGUGUGAUUGUGUGAGGGAUGGAGUGCCUUGCAAUAUUACGGGCCAGUGAAAUCUUAAAUGUAAAGCUGCACAAGCUUCCGUAAAGCUACAGGACAAAUCUCCUUUAGCGUCUGACUCGCUCGACUUUAGAGCCUCCAAAUACUUUGGUCUCAAGUUUCAGCUUGCCGAAACCCCACACCCUACCUUGGCAGUGCCUGUCGUUGAAGCACAGCCUUCUAGAUGUAGUCGACACCCCGUUUCUUUUGCCCAAAGGUGUUUUUGUUUGUCCGUUUUAGUUUGUUUCGCAGUCACUCCGUUCAUGUCCAUUCCAAAGUGUUCUCCGGUCAGUUUCAGUGUUCUGUCAGGGGAAUCUGUCUCAUACAGUGUAAGCUUUAAUUUACCCCCCUUCGUCUCUAUUGACAAAGUUUACUAGUCGGUCCAAUUUAAGAGCGAGGCUCAACACGGUCUUAAAAGCAUUUACUGCACAUGUUGUUAAGCCAGGGCUUGUUGUCGCUGGAAACAGAGUGAACCGCAAUGAACACUUGCCUGGGGGAUGUAUUUCUGCACAGACAUUAAGAGGAUGUGUGUACAUGUGCGUGUGUUGCAUACAAGGUGGUGGGAGGUUUUCCAAAAGUGCAGUUCUUCAACGAAACCUUAACUUAAUCUUGGACAUAAACUGUACAGCUUUUGUCAGAGGUUUAUGUGACUAGUUAAUAAUUGUUUUGACAUUCCGUGAGACUCCUCUCAUUGUUAAAGCCUUGUAUAUUAGUAAUUCCAACAAAUUGGCCAAAUGUGAUAAAUACCUGGGAAAUGCUUGAAUCCUGUGAUGACUAGAAAUGUUCUUGCUGUUAAAACACUCAUAUAAUCUGUAGUCCUCUUGUACCUGUCAUGCCUCUCCUGUCCUGGUUCCUUUUGUUCAUGCUAGCUAGUUGGUGAGUUAUUUUUUUUAUGUUUGUGCUGGAAUUCUAAGGAGGCAAAUGCCCCAUGAUUUGCCUAUCUGUUGUCAUAAUGUGAUGGUACUUUGAAAUGGUUGAGUUGAAAACUGGAAACGAUUGUGUCAUAUGCUGUGUUCAUUUCAUUUUUCCUUUAGUUUUUUAUUCGGUACAGAAAUAACACUCCAAUUAUAUAUUUUUUCAAUAUUUGGUGGAGCGUUGUUGCAAGUUUUGUAGUUUUUGUAACUGUAGAGUUUCAUAGAAAUACAUGAAUAAAUAUAUUUGAACAGAA